AUGGAACAAAACACGACCGCGAGUGGUGGUGGUAGUAGUAGUAAUAACAGUACUACUGGUAGCGAUUUUGCGUCGUCGGAAGCUCGAGCGCGUUCCUCCGCGCUCGCGUCUUCUUCUUCUUCUUCGUCGUCGAACAAAUCCGAUUCCAGCGCGGGGAACGAAACGAAGAACAACAAGGCGACGACGGUAACGACGACGACAGAAACGCCUCGCGAUACGAAUCAUCAUCAAUCGAAGAAAACGCUCCCAGCGAGAACGCUGCUCGGUUUAACCGUUUCCGGCGUCUGCGCCGGCGUAUUCGUGGAAACUUUGUUCUACCCUUUGGAUACCAUCAAAACGCGUUUGCAAGCCGCUCGAGGAGGAGGAGGAGGAGGAGGAGGAGGCAACGCGAAUCUCUUCAAAGGCGUGUUCAACGGAUUAUCGAAGAACAUCGCCGGGUGCGUGCCAGCCACGGCCUUGUUUUUCCUCGCGUACGAACCUACGAAGCGAUAUUUAGAGCGAACGUUACCGCCGGAGCAAAAUUACGCGGCGAUGUUCGCCGCCGGCGCGACCGGGUGUUUGGCGUCGAGUAUCGUGAGAGUGCCGACGGAAGUGAUCAAGACGAGAGCGCAAACUGGGAAUAAAGUGCAAAGUUUAGGAGGGAUUUUACGGGCAAGCGGUAUCACCGGGUUGUUUGUCGGAUACGGGUCGUUUUUAAUUCGGGAUUUACCGUUCGAUGCCAUCGAAUUUAGUUUAUACGAAGAGGCGAAGAUUUCCUACGCCAAGUGGCGAGGACGGACGCCGAGCGAAGUCAGUCGCGCGGAGGCGACAAUUUUAGGCGCCACCGCAGGGGGCAUCACUGGAUUCGUCACCACGCCAUUAGACGUCAUCAAAACCAGGUUGAUGACGGAUACGUGCACGAUCAGCCCGCUCAAAGGCGUCGUGGAUUGCGGCACGAGAAUCGUCAGAGAGGAAGGCGCCAAGGCGUUGUUCCGAGGCGCCAGUCCUCGAGUCCUGUGGAUCUCCUUAGGCGGUGGCGCGUUUUUCGGGGUGCUAGAAAGCGCGAGGAAAAUCUUCGUGCCUGAAAAUUGGUAG